UAUGACUCGUCUUAUCAAAAUAUCACCAGCUUAUGCUAUGACCCUAAAAAGGUUAAAUCAAAGCCUUCUAGCAAAGCUAAAAAUGCGAUUGAAAAAGAUGAGAAAAUAAAGCUACAAAAGGGUAUAGUAGUUAAAUAUUUGUUAAAACUAGGUGAGCUGGAAGGUGAUCAUAG